AGAGAGAGAGAGAGUAUCUGUUAUUGAAGCAGACUUGGCGUCAAGUCAUCUCUUUUUUCGUAAUUCCCAAAUCACUGAGUCUUCGUUCCAUUCCAAAUCCAAAAUUAAUAGUAAUAAUAGAAAAUAGCCCAGUUUUCUCUUCUUAUUCUUUCUCUUUCUGAUUCCAUUCCCAAGGCUUUUGCCCUUUUUUCAUCCGUUUACCCACUUCCACGCCACCUACUGAUUUUCCGGAAGAGGGUUUCUUCUGAUUUCUCUUCGUAUAUUGUUUCUGGGUUUUUUUUCCCCUCCCGCUUUCCUUGCAAUUUUAUUUUAUUUUUUGGUUUGAAAUCAAAGGUGUGCUUGAGGGUGUUGCAACUCGAUCACAAUGGGAAGACACGUGUUAGUGGCAAUUUUGUUGUCGUCUCUGAUUCUGUUUGAUGCUUCCGAUGCUUCCUUUGUUCAGGAACUCAGAAAGUUGGUUGCUUUGGAUCCAAAGGACAACAUAAAACAGGAUCCAAACUCUGUUGGUAAAAAAAACAAGGGCCAAGUGGUUAAUGGACACACUAAUAUUUCGCCAGUUCCACAGCCACAACCUGUGCCCAAAUUGGACAAUGGAAAAGGUGGUAAAAAUGGGAGCAAUGAUACACCUCCUCCUGCAACUGCACCUCCUGUGCCCAAAAAACCUGAUGUUGUUGACAAGGGUGCAGAAAAGAAGGGAAAAAAAGAGGGUUUAAGUUUUUCACAUACUACAACCACUGAGACUUGUAAGGAGCUGAAUAUUUGCGCAGAUGAAGGGGACAUGGUUGCUUGCAUUUCUAAAAUUGAUUCCAAAUACUUGGUUGUUCUUCUUCAAAAUAGAGGAGAAGGCAUCAUCAAAGUGAAGCUUCGUACUGAUUUUGAAAAUAACCUUGGAGUUGUAGAUGUUGAGAAAAGUAAAACAGAGAAGGUCAACAUCAAACGAAUUAGAAGUGAAACUACCCAACUGACUUUAAAUGCCGGAAAAGGGGAUUGUGUGCUUCACAUGGUUACUCAUAAAUCUGAAAGGAAUUUCUUUUUGCGUCUUCCUUCAUAUGAGAAAAUUUUAACACCAGUAAAUGGUGCCUAUUUCCUCAUAUUGACAGUACUAGUCUUUGGAGGGACAUGGGCUUGCUGCAUGUUUAGGAAGAAGCGGCACGAUGAGGUCCCAUAUCAAGAACUUGAAAUGGCUUUGCCUGAGUCUGCUUCGGCUACCAAUGUGGAAUCCGCUGAAGGUUGGGAUCAGGGAUGGGAUGAUGAUUGGGACGACAACGUUGCAGUGAAGUCACCUUCUGUACAUCAUGCAGGAAGCAUCUCUGCAAAUGGCCUUACUUCUAGAUCAUCAAACAAAGAUGGAUGGGAGAAUAGCUGGGAUGAUUAGUUAUCAUACGGAAAAUGAUAAGGGAAGGGACAUUAAUCUCAAAGGUGGUGAAGGAGGAGGAAGAGGUGGAAGGAAAACGCAAGGUGAAACAUCGAAGUUGGGAAGGGUUCAAAAGAAAGGAUGUGACAAAUGUGACUGUGCUGGGGCUUAACUUUGAUGUGUGUCCAUGCAAAGGACAACCGAAAAGAAAAGAGCGUGUAAUAGUUUUAACACAGGAUUUUUUAUUUUGAACAUGUAAUAGUGAAUGCCCUGGCCCAAACGGGAGAUAAAAGAAACUGUAAAUGAAACAUAGGAGAUAAGAGUAUAUUUUUGGGCUUUAUCAAUUCCCUAUACAUACUGUUCUUGUGGUACCAAAUGUAAAAACUUUUGUUAUUAUUUGGCUACUUUUCUCUUCUUAGAGGUUGUUUGGGGGUGACUUGUGAGAAGUAUUGGAGUCCCUUUUUUCCAUACUAAUGUACUGUUUUUAGGUUCAAUCGAAUUGAAUACUAUCGGGUGAUUUAUGUAGUUGCAUUAAUAAAAUAUUUGUUAUUAUU